UCGUCCUGCCCGCCCACCAGACACCAGACUCGGACUCCCCAGCUCCGGGAACCCAAGCUCUGCGCGGCUGGGUUCCUGAAGAAGCCGCCUCUUACCUAGAUUCCUGAGAAAACGCGGCCACCCAGUCGACCAGGGCCUAGCCUUUUGCUUCCUGGGGCUUCAGAGAGCCUGGGCCCCACUGUCUGGGAGGAGCCACCCGCGGUCAGCAGCCCAGAGAGGCCCAAGGGAUGAGGACACCACAGAGCGCUGUGACGCCCUCGCUGCAGGAGCCGGGCCGAGCCUGACGUCUGUCCUCUCCACGUGAGCACCGGCCUCCGAGGGAGCGGCCGGCCAGUGGCUGCCGCAUGGAACGUCUGCAGAAGCAACCUCUUACCUCCCCGGGGAGCGUCAGCUCCUCCAGAGACUCCAGUGUGCCCGGCUCUCCCUCCAGCAUCGUGGCCAAGAUGGACAACCAGGUGUUGGGCUACAAAGAUCUGGCUGCCAUCCCCAAGGACAAGGCCAUCCUGGACAUUGAGCGACCUGACCUCAUGAUCUAUGAGCCCCACUUUACCUAUUCCCUCCUGGAACAUGUAGAGCUGCCCAGAAGCCGGGAGUGCUCACUGUCACCCAAAUCCACAUCCCCCCCACCGUCUCCAGAGGUGUGGGCGGAGAGCCGGACUCUUGGAAUCAUCUCUCAGGCUUCAACCCCAAGGACCACAGGGACCCCCAGGACCAGCCUGCCCCACUUCCACCACCCUGAGACUACUCACCCGGAUUCCAACAUCUACAAGAAACCACCCAUCUACAAACAGAGAGAAUCCGUGGGAGGCAGCCCUCAGAGCAAGCACCUCAUCGAGGACCUCAUCAUCGAAUCCUCCAAGUUUCCUGCAGCACAGCCCCCUGACCCCAACCAGCCAGCCAAAAUAGAGACUGACUACUGGCCAUGUCCCCCGUCGCUGGCCGUUGUGGAGACAGAAUGGAGGAAACGGAAGGCAUCUCGAAAGGGGGCAGAGGAAGAGGAGGAAGAGGAAGAUGAUGACUCUGAAGAGGAGAUUAAGGCCAUCAGGGAACGGCAGAAAGAGGAACUCAGUAAGGUUACUUCCAACUUGGGAAAGAUGAUCUUGAAAGAAGAGAUGGAAAAGUCAUUGCCCAUCCGGAGGAAAACACGCUCUCUGCCUGACCGGACGCCCUUCCAUACCUCCUUGCAUUCGGGAACAUCUAAAUCCUCUUCCCUUCCUUCCUAUGGCAGGACCACCCUGAGCCGGCUACAGUCCACAGAAUUCAGCCCAUCGGGAAGUGAGGCUGGGAGCCCAGGCCUGCAGAACGGAGAGGGCCAGAGGGGGAGGAUGGAUCGGGGGAACUCCCUGCCCUGUGUGCUGGAGCAGAAGAUCUAUCCCUAUGAGAUGCUGGUGGUGACCACUAAGGGGAGAACUAAGCUGCCUCCGGGUGUGGACCGCAUGAGGCUUGAGAGGCAUUUGUCAGCAGAGGACUUCUCUAGGGUCUUCGCCAUGUCUCCAGAGGAGUUUGGCAAGCUGGCCCUGUGGAAGCGAAACGAACUCAAGAAGAAAGCUUCCCUCUUCUGACAUCCCUGCUGGCUCGGUCGGUUUGGCUCGCCCUGUCCAUGACAGUACCUUCCUUCUGCUGCUUCGAGGCCCUGAAGCUGGGGCUGUGAGACCCUCCCCUACAGUGUCCUCUUCCUCUGCUGGCUGGGAGCAGCGGGAGGCAGGGCAGAAACAUUGGGCUCCAUUCCUCACGGAGAGAGCCAAGAAGUGCACAGUCCCAGAGUCACAAGGCGUGGACUUCCUUCCCCACGAUGGGCCAGGGGGCCUUACCUUUUCCCUGGGCUCUACUGCCUAGCCAAACCCAGCCCGGACUCCAGCACACAAUGUUUGCACCCGUUCCCUGUCUGUCACCCCACAUGAGAGUCCCCAGAAGACAGUGAGGAGAAACGAAGGGGGCUUAGCGGGGAGGUCUGUCUGCUGUCCUGUACAGGGGGAGGUAGCAGCUCUGGGACCCUGUGCCUGUCCACCCAAAGGCUCCAGCCAGCUGCACUCCUGGCAGUUUCCUGCACUUGGGCCUGAUGCUUCUCUAACUGGCAGAAGCAGGCUCUACCUGGACCUCCAGCUGGGAGGUCAUCCUCCCUCUAGCUUGUAUGUCCUGUACUUUGCAACCCCUAAGCUUCAAACCUCUUGCUCAAGACCCAGGGCUUAUUCAAAGCUGUGGCUAAGAGCAGAGACGCUGUUCACACAACGCCUCACCACCACCAGCCUCCAGGCAAAACCAGAUAGGAUGCACCGUUCUAGCACCUGUCCAGGGACCACCGAGCCCAGGCCUCAGUCUCCCUAAGAUGAGAUGGAGAGUCCCGGCUCCCAGGUCCCUCCAUUGCCAUGCAUCUCCUACUGUGCUCUCUACAGAAUGUAAUUUAUUGGGGCACCCUCUGCUGCUUCCCUGACUCCCUGCCCUACCUAAUUGCACUUCCAGUCCUGUCUGUCCACAUAUGUACGUGUAUAUAAUUAUACAUAUAUAUAUAUAUAUAUUUUGCCCAGGACUGGGUUUCGUUUUUACCCAGACCCUGGCACUCCCUGUCCACUGUGUGUGUGAUCAUGCUGGGAGGGGUAACUGCUUGGAAUUAAAAGGUUGCACUGGGUCCCUAAAUCUAUUGUUUCUAUCCAUGCCUGUGCAUAUCAGACAAGCACUCUACCACAACCAGUAGUCUUACCUCUUUUU